UCCAAUGCUUGCUCUUCCAGAAAAAUGAACCAUAUCCAGGUAGAGCUCUUUUCUGACUUUUUGAUAUGAAAGUGUUUGAGCAUCAAGAAAUUUCUCAGGAUGAAGGUUUCCUGCAUCACCCUCCCACAAACCCGGCACCCCACUGCCAUUGGUGAGGCUAAAAACCACAGACUGUGUAUUCAGAGUAACUCUGUGCCAUUUAAGAAAGCAAGAGCCAAAGGAAACUAUUGAAGGAUGAAGUCCUUUCCAAAUAUUUUAUUGGCAUUUUUUCUCUAUGAUGCCAUUAUUGCUGCUCCUACAAUGAGUUCUAUAAAUUAUGACUCUGAAACAUAUGAUGUUACAUUGGAAGAUCUGGAUAUCCUAUAUGAUUAUGAUGAAAAUCUGUCUGUUGAUCAGGCACAGACAGAAAUUGGAACUAUUUUACCAUACAUAACAGGGGAGGUUUAUUUGCCUUCACCUUUGCCAGAAGAUACAGAAGAAGAAGCUUCCACAUCCAAACUCAUUGAUGGGUCUUCACCCCAUGAACCAGGAGUUCUUGGCCCACAUACACAUGAAGGCCUUCCAACUUGUCUUCUCUGUACCUGUAUGGGUACUUCUGUGUACUGCGAUGAUCGUGAACUCGAGGCUCUUCCACCCUUGCCCAAGGAAACCACCCAUUUCUACUCCCGCUACAAUAGAAUCAAGAAGGUCAACAGAGAUGACUUUGCUAACCUGAGCCACUUAAAAAGGAUUGAUUUGACUUCUAAUGUUAUAUCUGAAAUGGAUGAAGAUGCCUUCAGAAAUCUGCCACAACUUCAGGAGCUAAUACUUCGAGAUAAUAGGAUAAGGCAGCUUCCAGAAUUACCACCAACUCUUACUUUUAUUGAUAUUAGUAACAACAUAUUGGGUCGCAAGGGGAUAAAGCAGGAAGCAUUUAAAGAUAUGUCGGAGUUGCACUACCUUUAUAUCACUGAUAACAACUUAGAUCAUAUCCCACUUCCACUCCCUGAAAAUCUCCAAUCACUUCAUCUUCAGAAUAACAACAUACAAGAAAUGCAUGAAGAUACUUUCUGCAAAAUGAAAGAUUAUUCAUAUAUCCGUAAAUCCCUUGAAGACAUCAGGCUAGAUGGCAAUCCUAUUAAUUUGAGCAAAACUCCUUAUGCCUAUAUGUGUCUUCCUCGUUUGCCUGUGGGGAGUCUUUUUUAAAUUCAGACAGUAAUAAAAAUGUUAGGUAGCAUAAUUUCUUUUGCAAGUAAACAUAUAAUAUUUAAAAGCUCAUAGUAUUAUGAGUUAAUUGAGGUAAAAAAGGGAGUUAAUAGUGGCAGAUGAAACACAAAGUACUGAAUCGAAUUAAUGCUCUAAAUUAUACCAUGGAAUACAGAUUAGUUGAUGUUAAAAGAAGAAAAUAUAUAAACGUUGAUUGUUAAAAAUAUAUAGGGUUGAUGUUAAUUUUUCCUAGUUUACAAUUUUAUCUACUUUAUUAGUGAAGCUAUAUAAUGAAUGUAUAUAAUCAGUGAUCCAUGCUAACUUGUUCUUAAUUAUAUUCUAUGUUCCUGGUCUUGAUAUAUGAAAGUUCUUUUAGGCAGCCUCCUACCUACAUAUAGUUACCAGAUGAGAAACUGGGUUAUUUUAUGAAUGAUUAAUAAUAAAUAUAAAUAUACCUUUGUAUAAUAUAUCAGUGUUGCCUUGCACUAGAUAUAAAAUGUGGAAACAGUAAGUAAAUAAAAGUAUGCUUAAGAAAA